AUGCGCUGCAGCCUGAUUAGCUUGUUGGCCCUGGUAGCGGCGGCGAGCGCUUAUCAUGACUUGAUGCAAGGCCAGAGAGAGCCUGGUGACACUCUCAUCGCUCAGAUGCAGAUCGACAAGGAAUACAAGACGUUGCGAGUGAUCGAGCACGUGGAGUCGAUUUUGGGCGACGGCAAUCACAGAAUCACUCGUAUCGAGGCCAUCGACUAUAAGCAGAAGAAGACAAGCGCUACGCCACAUAUUAUGUCCGGUGGCGUCGGACAAUCUCACGUCACCAUCAAGUUCAUAAGCGAGCGCGGACACGGCAUCCAUUACAUUAUCAAGGUUUACGGCAAGCAUUACUGA